CCCGUUUUUCUUCCUUGUCUUUGUUCUUUAAUUCCCUACCCUCCAUGCAUGCUGAUUAUAGUCGUCAUUACAAAGCUCUCUCCCCUUGUUGAUCUCCUAUAUCAUACUUUGCAGUAUCCCUCAAGUUAUUGUUUCGUUUCUAAGUGAACGACAUAACUUAUAUAAAGCACCAAAACCUAAUCGAAGAAGAGUUUAGUUUGUCUCUCCAUGCAAAAGGAAAAGGGAGCAAUUAUGAAGGAGGGAACCGAUAUAGAAAUGGAAGGACGUGGAAAUGAUGAAACCCUACCACCAGGAUUUCGAUUUCAUCCCACCGAUGAAGAACUUGUCACCUGCUAUCUCCUAAAUAAGAUAUCGGAUUCUGGGUUUACAGGUAAAGCAAUAACCGAUGUAGAUCUCAACAAAUGUGAGCCAUGGGAGCUACCAGGGAAGGCGAAGAUGGGAGAAAAAGAAUGGUACUUCUUCAGUCUGAGAGAUCGUAAAUACCCGACGGGUGUGAGAACGAAUCGAGCAACGAACACGGGGUAUUGGAAAACCACAGGAAAAGACAAGGAGAUUCUGAACAGUGCAAAUUCGGAGUUAAUUGGAAUGAAGAAGACAUUAGUUUUCUACAAAGGGAGAGCUCCAAGAGGAGAGAAAAGCAACUGGGUCAUGCAUGAAUAUCGGAUUCACUCCAAAUCCACCUAUAGAACUAACAGGCAGGAUGAAUGGGUGGUUUGCAGGGUAUUCAAGAAGAGUGGUGGUGCAAAGAAGUACCCUUCUUCCAACCAUGCAAGAUCAGUGAAUCCUUACAGCUUGGAAAUAGGACCAAAUAAUUUUAUGGCACCACAAAUGAUGCAACUUGGAGAUCCUGCUGCUCAUUUCCUUUAUGGACGCAAUCAUAAUCACAUGAGCACCACUGUAGAGUUAGCUGAACUUGCUAGGGUUUUGAGAGGAGGUGGAGCAACAAGUAGUGUCAACGUACCAAUGCAACCCCACUUAAGCUACCCUACUUUAUCAGCAGCAGCAGCAUCAGCAGCGGGAGGAGGAUUCACCAUUUCAGGUCUCAAUUUGAAUCUUGGAGGAGCCAUAGCCACAACACAACCCAUUUUGCCACUUUCGCCUCCUCCUGUUCAUACAAUGGCUCAACCACUUGAUGUCAAUUCAAGCAUGAUCACAUCCACUUCUCUUGGUGCUGAGAAUGUAGCAGCUGGUUAUGGAUCAGAAAUGAGCAACAUCAAUUCUCAUGGCAAUAGGUUUAUGGGCAUGGAACAUUGCAUGGAUCUAGACAACUAUUGGCCUUCCUACUAAAUUAUAUAUGAGACCUUCAAGUAGUUUUAUUAUUAGGCACAAGUGCACAAUCUAGUACUAUAUAACUUUAGUUGGUUCAGUUGCCAUAAAAUUGAAGUUCUACUUUUUCUAGUGUUUCCAAAGUUUCAUGCGGGAAAAUGACCAUAUCCACCAGUAUCCUAGUGACAGUGUACCCUUUCCAAUCAAGUAACUUUUUGAAUGUUUGUUUGUCGAUUACUCUACUGUCUUUUCUUUAUAUUGAAUGCCACUAUAUGAUAAGUUAUAAUUGCAUACCUUGUCCCUGAUUAUUUCUA